AUGUCCGGAGAGAUUUCUAUGAUCGGUUCCGUCAUCCUGGCCCUGUUCCUGGCGGGGUACCUGGGCCAGCAGUACCUGCCGCCCCCCAAACCCAAGGUGAUCGGCCUGGAUCUGGGCACCACCUUCUGCUCUGUCGGCGUCUUCCACCCGGGCAGCGGGGAGGUGGAGGUGAUAGCGGAUGAAGAGGGGAGGAAGAGCAUCCCCAGCGCCGUCUCAUUCACCUCCACCGCGGUGCUGGCUGGACACGAAGCCGUGGAGCUGGCCGACAGCAACCCGCAGAACACCAUCUACGAUGCCAAGAGGUUCAUCGGGAAGACAUUUGAGCCGGAGCUCCUGGGGCAGGAGAGCGCUCGGUACCCGUUCAAGGUGAUUAACAAUAAUGGAAGUGCAGAGUUCCUGGUGACCACCAACCACACCUUCACUGUGAGCCCAGAAUUCAUCGGCUCCAGGCUGCUGCUGAAGAUGAGGAAGAUGGCCGAGCGACAGCUGGGUGUUCCCAUCCAGAAAGCUGUCAUCUCAGUGCCCGCAGAGUUUGACGAGAGACAGAGGAACUACACCGUCAGGGCCGCAAACCUCGCCGGCCUGGAGAUCCUGCGUGUGAUCAACGAGCCCACGGCUGCAGCCAUGGCCUACGGCCUGCACAAGGUGGAUGUGUUCAACGUGCUGGUGGUCGAUCUCGGGGGAGGAACCCUGGACGUUUCUCUGCUCAACAAACAGGGAGGCAUGUUCCUCACCAGAGCCAUGGCAGGGAAUAACAAGCUGGGAGGACAAGACUUCAGCCAGAGGUUGCUCCAGUACACCACAGAGCGGGUCCGACAGGAGUUUGGCGUCCCACCCACUCUCAAAGAGGACAUCCACCGCCUCCGACAGGCCGUGGAGGCCGCCAAGCUCAACCUCACCCUCCAACCCAGCGCCACCAUCAGUGUGCCCCUGCACCUCCGCACAAGCACCGGCUCCGAGUCUCCCGAAGGCUCUGCUCCCGCUCCGGUUCUCUUCCGGGCUGUGAUCACUCGCAAGCUGUUCGAGGAGCUCAACGAAGCCCUUUUCCAGAAGAUCCUAGCUCCCGUUGAGACCGUGCUAACCGAGGGCCACCUGGGGAAAGAGGACGUGGAUGAGAUCGUUCUGGUCGGAGGGUCCACCAGGAUACCGCGGAUCAGGAGGCUGAUCAGCGAGUACUUCGGGAAGGAGCCCAACACAUCGGUAGACCCUGACCUGGCUGUGGUUACAGGUGUGGCCAUCCAGGCUGGCAUCAUGGGCGGCUCCUGGCCUUUACAAGUGAGCGCUAUAGAAAUCCCCAACAGACACCUGCGCAAGACGAACUUCAGCUAAUCUUUAUCCAGGUUGAGAUAAAAGUGACACCACAGAGACUUGCCACUGAUUCCUAACUGAACGAAUGAAAUGCUCGUCUUAGAGGACCGGUGUGUGUGGCAUUUAGUGGCCUCUAGUGGUGUAUUUGCAGAUUGCAACUCACUCGCUUCACCCUCCCUUUCCAGGCACAAGGGAGAAACUGCUGUGGCCGCAAGUCAGGUUUUGGUUUGUCCGUUCUGGGCUACUGUAGAAACAUGGUGACCUGUGGUAGAUAGAAACUUCUCUUUAAAAGGUAUCAAACAUAGAAUAAUUCUUAUUUUCAGGUGAUUAUAGACUAAUAAAUACAUAGCUAUGAAUAUUAUAUGCCAUUUCUGCCAAUUCCUGCUAAAUGUUACACACUGGACCUUUUUCAAGUUCAUAAUUUCAAAUCUCCUGAAGUGAGAAAAAUGACCCACAGAAGACACUGUCACCUGAAUGAAGACAGGCAAGAUACUCAGGUUUUUCAACUUAUCUCAUGCUUGUUUGUGAAAGGCAGCAGCAGCCGAAAUAAAUUUCUGCUGAUGAUUAUGUAUUGAAACACGCUAACAUUCCUCUCUGAGGCAAAGUAACUGAUAGCAUCUGCAGAAGUGAACAGUCCUGUUUCCGUUUUUUGAAGCCAGCUGCUCUUGUUGUGCACGAAGCUUCAGCAGAAAUAACGAAAGUGAGAUGCCGAUGAAAUGUGAAUGAGAAGCUUCCGAAAAGGCAAAGUGUUCUCACAUGUAUCUACCCAUUCAGCUUCAUCGGUGGCGCUCACUCGUGGUAGAUACUUCAGAUGGCGUUCAGGACUUUAAGGACUAAAAGAAUAACCAGUAAAUCUUCAGCUAUUUAUUUAUUUAUUCCCACCAACUGUGUGUGUCUGUGUGUGUGUGUCUCGAAAGCCCUUUAAUGUAUUUCUACACAUUUCCUUCAAAGGUUGACAUACAGUGUGUUUGUGCCUGUUCAGAAAGCUGCUAUAUUGUUUGAAGUGCAGAGGUGAACCACUGCCCCCUAGUGGUUCCACCAGAGGGCCUGGUCCAGGUCCCUGCACUGUAUUGCAUACUGUCCCAGAAGUGAUUUCAUGUCCACUGGAGGUCACUGGGGACACAAUUAAUUUCAAGAUGAAGGUUCAUGAUAUAGAAAGCCUUAAUGUUCACACAGUACUGUAAACCAUGAAUCAUCUGCAUCACCUCUGUUUGAAUAAAAUACAGACUGCAUUGUUUGUAAGUGCUCAGUGCUGCACUUUCAGGACUUCCACCUGUUGGCCAACUUUCCAUUUUUGUGCAAUAGUGUAUGCUUUAUUUAAACGGCUUAAGAUAUUUGUGCUGCGUAUCAAGAGUUAAGAACAACAACCCGCUUUUGCUGCUGUAGUAGAGAAGGUCAACUCUGGUAGUCCCACAGGAGGACCAAAGCAUUGCUUACUGGUGCCUUUGUGUAUGUGAUGUUGUAUUUGUGGUUGCCUGAAAUGUAGAGAGGUGAGAUUUGUUGUCAUUUAGUGUGAAGAAUGUGUGUGUGUUCACCUGCUCUUAGUGUGGUGGACAGUAGGCUGGUGAUUGUACAUCCAGCAUUAAAGUUCAUUUCUGUUUCUGAAGUUAAAACGGUCCAAUAUCAAUGUUUUCAACCAUGAACUCCAGUUACCUGUAUUCCUUUAAAAGCAUCACAACUUAUUCUUGCCAAAUGUCAUACAUGACUAUUUACUUAAUUAUUUUAUGUUUUUCUUACACGGGAUCUAAGAUGUAACCGAGCCUCUAGUAAAAAUGAAGCAAAUUUGAUGCGGUUUGCCUUUGAUACUGUGUAAAUCAUCAGUCCCUAUUGACAUAGGGAGAAAAACUAUGAAACUAUUUUAUAUUUCUAGCCACCUUAAAAAAACAAGAAGAACUGAUAUGACCUACCUUUCAACCAAUUAAAUGUCAAUUUUCUAACUU